GGUAAGGAUAAAACUCAGAAACAUCUCUACUUAACUCUCAACCCAAACCCAGAUACCAUGGCCUGCUGUACCACUAGCUUCUGUGGAUUCCCCAGCUGUUCUACUGGUGAAAACUGUGGCUCCAGCUGCUGCCAGCCCAGCUGCUGCCAGCCCAGCUGUUGCCAGUCCAGCUGCUGCCAGCCUACCUGCUGCCCAACCAGCUGCUGUGGGUCCAGCUAUGGCAUUGGUGGUGGCCAGGAAGGUGGCUCUGGAGCUGUGACCUGCCGAGUCAGGUGGUGCCGCCCUGACUGCCGCGUGGAGGACACCUGCCUGCCCCCUUGCUGUGUGGUGAGCUGCACCCCCCCAACCUGCUGCCAGCUGCACCAUGCCCAGGCUUCCUGCUGCCGCCCAUCCUACUGUGGACAGUCUUGCUGUCGCCCAGCCUGCUGUUGCCACUGUUGCCCUCCCACCUGCUGUGAGCCCACCUGUUAAAAGCCUGGUUGCAAAACUGUGCUGAUGGUUGAAGAAUAUUUUGCUUGGAUGCUAAGUAUCAUGAUGUUUCUAAGCCACAUCAAAAUAAUGAAAGUCAUAGUCUGAACUUUUUUGGAUGCUCUGAACAGCACACUGAAAAAUCACUCCACCAAUCUAGUAUACUCCAGUAUACUGAAGUCACAGCCUGAUUUGAGCAGAAUAACAUGGUGUGGUUCUCCAUUUCAGUGACAUCUAUGGUCUCCUGUCUUAUCUCCUGAUUUCUCUAUAGAACUACAUUCUCCUUGGACAGCCAUUGCUUAUUUCAAAUAAAAAGUUUAAAUGCACAAAGUAAA